CACUCACCUCUCUUUGUUGUGGGGAAAUGUCGCCGACAAAAUGACGGGCCAUUCUCAUUCUCAGUCUCCUCUACCUGCCGCAACGUCCAAUCAGAACUAUGUCGAAGUCUCUCCCAUACCAGGAGGCUUCAUCACCCUCUCCGACCACUUCUUUGUACAUCCCGCCGAGCCGGGGGCCAAAAGAACCGUACCUUCUCUCACCUUUUUGAUCAAGCACCCCGGCACAUCCCUCUUCGGAGCACACUCGUCCAAGCCAUUCCAUCUCAUGUUUGAUCUAGGUCUGCGCAAGGCCAAAGCACGCUAUCCCGAAGUCCUCCAGAAGCAUCUCGAGGGCCGAGCACCAUACGAUCUCGCCCCGGGAGUCGCCGCCGAGCUGACGAAUGGAGGCCUGGACCCUUCAGAGAUCAACCUGGUCUUGCUCAGCCAUGUGCAUUACGACCAUCACGGUGACCCGGAAGACUUUGAGAAUGCUCGCUUCCUGAUCGGUCACGGAGCCAUGCACGUGCUGAAGAAUGGGCUCGGUGGGAUCGCUUCUCAUCAACAUUUCGACCCGGACACCCUUCCACAUGACCGGUCGGGUGAGUUGUCAGAUCCCACGGGAGGGAAAUGGAAACCUUUAGGCCCAUUUCCAGCCGUGCUAGACCUCUUCGAGGAUGGCUCAGUGUAUGUCGUUGACACUCCCGGCCACCUGCCCGGACAUGUCAAUCUAUUGUGCAGGACGAGGGAGAAGUGGAUCUGUCUGUGCGGCGAUGCCUUUCACGAUCGAAGACUCCUCACGGGCGAGAAGGAAAUUGGGACAUUUGAAGGCCCGGGUGGGCACAUGGUUUGCAUUCAUCUGGACAAGGAAGCCGCUGCUGAGUCCAUCCGGCGGCUAAGGGAGUUUGGAAAGGCCGCUGGGGACCAAGUAGAGAUUAUUGCGGCGCAUGAAGACGUGUGGUGGGAGAAGAACAAACACAAGAAGUUCCCAGGAACAUUGUGAGAGACUGUCGGUCUAGCGUAAGACGAUGAUCAGCUCCUAUGUCGUCUAUGGCCAGGCUGUGAUUGCUGUGAAUCGUUCAAAAGGCCCUGAUAGUUUAGACCAAUGUUCAGUGAUUACCAGUUCGACAAAAUACAGCUUCUGCCGCAUCAAUGUUUAGAUACCGUCGGAUGUCCAUGUACGACCAAGUUUGGAGGUGGCCGCAAGGCUGGCAGCGGAACCUGAAAUCCACCUCAGUCGCGUGUCUACGUCAUUGUCUAUUCGCUUUCGUGACUUUUGUUUCCUCAACCUCCUCUUACUCCCCCU